AUGAGCACUGACACAACAUUGUCACUCCGGUGCCCGGUCUGCUCUCGAGCGUUCGGUAGGCAAGCGCACUUGGAGAGGCAUGCGUUGACUCAUAGUACCGAUUAUCCUUUUUCAUGUUCCUUUUGCGACUCCAAGUACAAACGCAGUGAUGCCUUACGUCGCCAUUGGAAGACAUGUAAUGCUCGCUUAGCAUUGGGCUCGCAAAUCCCAGAGCGGACCCUGUCAGGCAAACGCAAGCAAGCGUGCGAUCGAUGUGCAGAUCGGAAACGUGCCUGUAGCCAAGGUCAGCCCUGUACAGGAUGCCUUCAAUACGAGACCCAGUGUACAUAUCAACGGGUGAAAGAACCAAGGAUAACACGAGACUCUAAUAGCGGCACUGGGCCUAUCAAACAGGACAGAUUCGAUGCCAGCAAAGAAACGUCCGAGGCCGUUCAUCGGUUUGAUUUCCUCCGGAACUUCACGCAUGCGAGUGGAAUCGACCAGGCAUAUAAUUAUAAACGAUACUUGCUGAGCGAACCAGAGCUCCCCCUAGAACGAACAUGUGCUUCCAAUCCAUGGGAGUUUUUCUUCGACGACAUCGAGGCAGUAUUGGUCGAUGAUCAGCUGGAUACUGAUCUGGCUUUCCCCGACGGUCUCUUUGCGGAAGAUCCCGUUCAUCUCAAGGCCAGGGAGAUUUGGGAUACUUUUCACCCCUUUAUCGAAAGGAAUCCUACACCUGCUGUGUUGAUAACUGACAUCGUUGAGUUCUUCUCUCCAGAACACCUGGUCAGCUCCCUCGACCUCUUCUGGGACCGUUGGUAUCCACAUUGCCCAAUAAUUCAUCGGCCGACAUUUGAGAUCAGCCGUUGUCCCGCCCUUCUCUUGUCUACCAUGGUGCUGAUUGGUGCAUGUACCUCACCGAGUUCAUCCUAUCGUAGCGAGGCAAAGGAUCUCCUGGACAUGAUGGAAGAAAUCGUCUUUUCUAAUCCCAUAUUUUCGGGACAGACCACCGGCUUGAGUAUCGACAAACAAUCAGAUAGCCAGAAGAUCAGCGCGCUACAAGCAACCUAUUUCAUGUGUAUCAUGCAGAAAUGGGAUGGAAAUGAUGCAGCCAAAUUGCGCAUCCAGCGAAAUCGUUUCACGAUCUUUGUCGCAGCGACAAGAGCAAUGGGCCUCGCAAGAGCCACGCAUGGGAAUUUCUCCAUCACUUCCGACUUUGGGACUGAUCAAUGGCAUAAAUACAUUGAGAAUGAGGAGCUGAUCAGGUAUGAACUACCCCGAAUGGUCCUGGCAGAGAUGAAUAUCGAUCUUACUUGCCCGGAAGAUUGGUUUCAAGCCUCUUCACCGUCAGAAUUCCUUGCUGCUGUCCAGUCCAACAGGUGGAGAAAGGGCCGGACCCCAUUGCUUACGGAGGUGGUGCGUGAUCUAUUCACCAAUCACUCCCAGCCAGAGGAAUGCAAUCUGCUCUGGGGCGCCAGCAAGCUGAAUCUGUUUACCAUUGCUUCUGCAAUUCAUGGCCUGAUAUUUCACGAGAAAAUGUCUUUUACCCAGGUUUCUUCAUCCACGGGUCCCAUUGGAACCGCGCUAGAACGCUGGGGACAGGCCUGGGAAAAGGUUAUAGCGACUUUACCGUCAUCUGUGGUUGUAAAUGAGGCCUGGAAAGAAGAUGGCUUUAUGCAACAUGCGGGAGAGUUUGCUGCUCUCGCUCGGGUCCAUUUGCAACAGAAUGACCCAAUCACAUCGUUUACCCAAGACUCAAUGGGCUCGAGUGAUGGCAGCAUGGCUACUUUCGAUCAGACGACCAUGAAAACAGUUUCAGAUCUCAUCCAGGCGGUUGAAAGUCUGAGUUUGCAUUGA